GUACCUACUAAGUCGCCAUAUUGGAUUGCAAGGGUUGUUGCGAUGGGUUGAAUCUUUGCUCUGUAUGAAUUUUCCUCGUCUUUUCAUCAAGUUGCGGGAGCCAUUCUUAGAUUAGAUGGUUAUUUAUUAAGGCUUUCGUCCCUUCAAAUCUCUAAAAAUCUCAUUGUASAGGUAAAAUGAGCCAAAUUCCUCAAGCAAGAACGGGCCUAAAACCGCCAAACAAGAUCCACAAACCCAUUCAAGGUGGAGGUGGAACUGUUAGUUCGCCAUCAAACCCUAGCGCYGGAGCUGUCAGACCACGAGGAACACCAGCAGGGAAAACAACUCCUAGUACAGGAGCAAGUAAAGUAUCGCCAUCAGCGGGAAGAAGUACUGCAACAAGCAGUGUUGUGAAACCACGGGGAUCAACGGCUGCAGCCACUGGACUAACAAGUCCCCGUGGCUCAAUCGUCGCCACAUCAAGUCAACAACAGCCWAAAUUGUCGAGAGAAAACUCAGAGACUCGCCUUCAAUAUCGACGAGAAGGAUCAAGUAGUAGUCUUAAAAGUACCGGGUCAGACUCUUCAGGAUCGUCAGUUCGAAGACGUGGCUCAUCUUCGCAAAGUCAACAAGCCACCCCGGCGGCCGAUUUGAAAAAGUUUUUCUCAAUCGGGGAUCGUGUUUUGGUCGGCGGUGCUAAGCCAGGAGCAAUUGCCUUCAUUGGGGAAACGCAGUUUGCUAAAGGUGACUGGGCUGGUGUGAUUUUGGAUGAGUCUUUGGGCAAAAAUGACGGUUCCGUUGCGGGUGUUAGGUACUUUGAAUGUAAACCAUUACAUGGUGUGUUUACGAAGUUGGAGAAACUUACAAAAAUCAACAAAGUUACUGAAACAAUACACAACGAUGGGCCUAGUACUGCUCUUGAGAUAGGUGAUAGAGUAGUAGUUAGUGGUACAAAGAUCGGCACAGUCAGAUAUGUUGGAACGACUGGAUUCGCUAAGGGCGAAUGGGCUGGAGUUGAACUGGAUGAACCGCUAGGAAAGAACGACGGCGCUGUGGCGGGAACAAGGUAUUUCCGUUGUCAACAAGACUUUGGACUCUUUGCUCCUGUUCACAAAGUUGUCAAAACAGGCAAAAAGGAAGCAGCAAAACUUCCAACCUCUCCUCCACCUCAAGAAGGGUCAUUAUCCUUGCCACCACAGCUGGCAGAGUCAGCAGUCAAUUCCCGAGUUGACACAGUUCCCAAAACAAGUAGAGAGAACUCUGUUAGUUCCCCAGAACUGACGCCACUGUCACUUAGUAGCGUAUCAGCUAUAGCACAAAAGUCUGAGGAAAACAAUGACAUUACUCAAGCCUCCCCAGGCAAAGCACACAUCAGUCUUCAAGUUGUUGCUCUACAGGAAGCUCUGCAGGACAGAGAAAGACAGAUCCAAACAUUGCUUGAAGAAAGAGACUUUGAAAGAAAUGAAGUGGCAAGUGCAACAAGUCAAGUAUCAAAGGCUGAACAAGAGCUUAUUACUGUAAGAAAGAAACAUGAAGAAGUACUCUUAGAGAGUACUAAGAGUAUUGAUGCCCUUAAGAACUUAGUUGAAGUAGCAGAAAAGGAGAAAGGAGAACUGAACUUGCAGUUGGAGGAGGAAAAGAGGAAAAAUGAAGAUUUGCUGUUUAAACUAGAAGAAGAAGAAAUAACCCUUGGAGAUGAAAUUAAGAUUGAAGAGAAACAAAUCAAAGAGUUAAAACAAGUAAUACAAGAAAACCAAGAGACAAUCUCCAAACUGAAUGAUGAACUGAAAAACCUUAAGAGAGAAAAGUUUGACUCAGAGAAAAAGUCAGAAGACAUUGAAUUCCAGCUCUUGGAGACCAAUCAGGACCUGUCAACAAUGAAGMAAAACUUGGAGAGUUCACAAGCCAAAGUCAGGGAACUUGAAAGUAAACUUUCCUCUUUAGAGGAAGCAAGUCAUGGUAAAGAAGAGCAAAUGGAAAGAAUAAAACAAUUAGAAAUAGAGAUCAAUWGCAAAAAUACAAAGUACAAAAACCUGGACAAGGAUUUGCAAAAUGCUAAUAAAGAUUUACAAAAAACACAUGAUGAAAAUGAAACAUUCAAGGCACAGAUUGAAGAUCUCACUGCUAAACUGUAUAGUAAAGAAAGUGAAUUUGCAUCAAUGUCUGAUGAAUUAAAGCACAUCAAAGCUGCCACUUUAGGUAAAUAUGCACCUAGCACAUUAUGUCACACUCACCUAGAGAAUGAGAUUGCUGAGCUAAUGAAGAGUUCAGGAAGUAAUUCCGAGAGAUUGACAUAUUUAAAUGAUCAACUCAGAGAGAAAGACAGGGUUAUUGAUGAAGUCAAAGGCUUAUUGGCUGAGUCACAAGCUAAUUCAUCUAAGCUGACUGGAGAGAUUGCUCAAGCUAAGGAAUCACAUGAAUAUGAUAUUGACAAACUUUCCAAGUCACAUGAUGAUCAAGUCAAGAAGUUAACAAAUCAAAUCAAUUCACUGAAAACUGAAGUUGAGAGAAGUAAAGAUGAAAUUGUGAACCUUGUUGGAGCUCACAAGGCAGAACUAGAGAACAUACAACAGACAAAAACAGAAGAGAACGCAAACUUCUCAAACCAACUUGACGAAAAGACCAAACAAUUUCAAAASCUCUCUGAAGAGUUAGAGACCACCAAGAAACAAUUGCAUGAGACAACACAGGAAAAGGACAGUUUUAAGGAAAGUGAGAAUGCAAAAACCAGUCAAGUGUCAACUCUACAAGCAGAGGUCAGUGAGAAGAUAGCAUUACUAAAGGAUCUCAGUGGUGAACUUGAAGAGAUCAAGAACCAACUAAAGACUACCACAUUAGAUAGGGAUAGCUUAAAGGAGAUGUUGAGUACCAAAGAAGCAGAAUUGGGUUCUGUAAAUACAGAGUUGAAGUACCAGAAAUCUCAAGUUGAGAAACUAAAUGAUAUGCUUCAAAAAAUAAAGUUAGAACUGCACGAAGCCAACAACUGUAGAGAAACAGAUUCAAAYCWGCAUAAAACUGAAUUAGAAAAGCUGAAUGAMGAACUCUAUGUAACAAAGUCAGAGAAGAAGAAAGCAAUACAAGAUAGAGAAGUAGAGUUCAAUCGCGUUAAAACAGAUUUAGAAAAUCUUAGUGAAAAACUCCAGGAAAUAAACUCAAAAUUGAUGAUCACAACAAAUGAGAGAAAUAAUUUUGAAGAGUUGUCAAAUGCCAGAAAUAAUGAAAUUAUAGCACUAACUACACAGCUAAAUGAACAGAAAUUGUCAAAGACAAAACUUCAYCAAGAUCUGGAAAUCAAAGAAAUAGAAUUAGCUGAACAGAAAUCUGUGAUUGAARAAUUAAAUACAGACCUUGAACUAAAGCGUAAAGAGUUACAAAAUGCGACAUGUGACAGAAACAGUUUUGGGGAACUAGCAGAUACUAAACAAACUGAAAUUGCUUCCUUGCUAGCAGAGUUGGAUAACARGAAAUCGCAAAAAGAYAUUUUGGUUAAAGAACUUGAGCAAACAAAAGCAGAAUUAAGGAAUGCAACACAAGAAAGAGAAGAAACAUUAAAUGAUCAGAAACAUUUUGCAGAGAAGUUAAAGAAGGAACUAGAAGACACAAGAGCCAAACUACAAAUUAUGACCAAYGAAAAAGAAAUGAGUUUAAGUCAACACAUGUCUGAGGUAGAAAAAUUAAACAUGGAAUUAAGUAAAGCAACAACAGAACUUCAAAAUGUAAAUGAGGUUAGAAACAGCAAGGAGAAUGAAUUUGCAGUGUUACAGACAAAGCUGAACAAUGAAAUAUCUGCAAAGGAAAAGUUGGUGAAAGAACUGGAGGUCUUUAAGACAAAACUACAGRARACAUCAGAAGACAAAGAAACAAAGCUAAAUAAGCAAGUUAUUGUUGCAGAAAAACUGGAAAGAGAACUUGAAGAAAUUAAGCUAGAACUUCACAACACCAAACAGUCUAAAGAAAGAGAAAUGAAUGAAGGUAAAGCUCUUAAUGAGAAACUGAAUAAAGGACUUGAAGAGAUAAAGAAAGAACUUCAGAGUGUAGUACAAGACAAAAAUAAUAUUGGAGAAUUUGCAGAUGCUAAACAGGCUGAAAUUGGCACCUUAACAAUGGAACUAAAUGAACAAAAAUUGUUAGUAGAAGAGCUGACAAAAGAGUUUGAUAACAUGAAGGCAGAACUUCAAAAAGUCUCUCAAGAUAAGGAGGAUGCUGCUGCACAGGCAGACACCAAACAAGUUGAAACUGAAUCCCUAACAGCAGAGCUAAAUGAACAGAAAAGCGUAUUGGAAAAACUGAAUCAAGAACUUACUGCAACUACACAAGACAGAGAUAGCUUUAAGGAAAAAUGCAUCAACUUUGAAUCUCAGCUUCAAUCCAAACAAAAUGAGCUCAAGGAAGUCAGUUUGAAGCUUGAGGGUGCUGUGACUGAGAGAAGCCAGUUGACUAGUUCCCAUGGCGACAAGGACAAGAAAAUAACUGAAGUAAUGAAGAAAUAUGAACAACUGAACACUCAGCACCAGGCUCUUUUACAAGAGAAGGGAGAAAAAGAGAAGUCAUACCAUGAUACUCAUUCCAAGUUACAAGAACUGCAGGUGAAACACACUGAACUAGAAAAAGAGCUAAAUGUCCUUAGAACUGAGUCCUCUAACAAGGAACAAGAACUGGUACAGGUGAAAUCUUCUGCAACUGAUGGAGCUUCAAAAGUUACUGAAUUACAGACUCGAUUGGAACACAUCAAGGCUGAAAGAGAUCAGUUCAGCAGGAAGGCMGUGGUUCUAGAGGAGCAGAGUACCUUACUUCAAGAGCAAAUCAAGUCUCUAAACCAGGAGAAAUCUGACGCACAAAGUUGUAAUUCAGAGCUGAGUCAAGCCUUAUCAUCAGCGCAAGAUCAGAUACAGUCACUUUCAGAAAAACUGAUAGAAAGGGAAAAUAACAAGGCAGCCUUGAACGUUAGCAUUGAGAACGACCUGGAGGCUACAAGACAUGAAUUGAAACUAAAGGAUGAUGAACUUACGAAAUAUAGACAACAGGUUUUGGAUCUAAAGAAACAAAUUGCAACUACAGGAUUGCAGCCGUCUUCUAAUAUAGAAAGUCAAGGAAACGAAGAUAUCGCUGUCAAACUAGUAGAGACAGAGGAUCUCCUUGAGGCUACACAAGCAGAAAAAGAAAACUUAGACGCUCAGGUCGAGUUCCUCAAUUCUGUGAUCGUAGAUUUACAGCGUAAAAAUGAAGAAAACGAGCAAAGGAUAGAAUUGCUGGUGACGGGCGGGUCAAGAACAAAUGGUCUUCUCGACUCACCUGAAUUAGACGAAGARCCAGUACCGCGGUUCAAGGUGCGGUUGUUUUGUGACAUCUGUGACGUUUUUGAUGAGCAUGACACUGAUGACUGCCCUGCUCAGGCCUCUGAUCCUACCGAUGUCGGAACAAUGCACCAUGGAAGUAGAACUGAAGAAAGACCGUAUUGUACCACGUGUGAAGUGUUCGGUCACUGGACACAAGAUUGCGACGAUGAAGAGACUUUCUAACAGCUCAAAGCAAGAUAUUACUGGGCUUCCUGUGUUGUAKAUACCGAGUCAAUAAUAAUUACAAGUGCCGCUACUAUAAAGAAAUGCCGCACUUUAAUUCUUCGUCCAAAGUACCGUAUAUUAUGGACCWUUUCGACGAUACGGCAGGGACCACAUACAGAAAAGAUGUUUUAUGURGAUUUAGGCGUUAAUUGACAUUCAACUCACCACAACCUAAUUUGAAAAGAGAAAAAUUAGUAAGAUGUACAUAAAAUUGUCAACAAAUACACGAAAAUAUUAGCGAGCUUCGGAACUUCAUGCACGCGCCUGARAUAUUUUUGAAAUCGAAUUUUUUACUAUAUUUUUGACACUCGAUGCCCCAUAAUGCAGUUGUGGUGUUUUKUUUCAUGUUCAUUGUUAAAUACUCAUUUUCUAGUGAAUUGAAUGAUAAUCAACGCCAUUGGAGGAAAAAUGCCUUUACGUAUAAACAUCCUACCAAAUUGGCCGCCAAUUCGUCGAACUGAUCCACUAUGGACGCAAAAAAUAACCAWGCCUUUGUGGUGAUAAUUCUUUUAAAGAACAGGAAGGCUUCAGAAAUGCUUCAUWUAAUCGUUAAAAUAGUUCAUACAGGCUUAUAUUUUCAAUGAUAAAAACACAAUGCCAUGUUUUACUUAAAGCUGCUUGUGAAACCCACCUCRAUCGGUGUGAACAAAGCAAGUUUUCGCACUGAAAGAAGUAAUGUUUUUGCGGGUGUUUUUGUCGAAAAGUGUAAUGGAUGUUCGGUGUAACAUUACACAUGCUACUGGCAAACUGAGUCACCUUUGUGUGACAGUAUUUAUGAAAUAGCGGUAUUCUUCUUUUAGAAAUGAGAGAAAUUCCAAUAUCAACAGACCUAUAUCCCMCACUCUCUAUGACRAACGCGAAAGUUUUCGACAAAAUAUUAAACUCCAGUCUCGACUUGAAGCCAUUGUUUCUUCUUCUUGCUCAUACAAGCGAUUGUGGGCUAAUAGGUCUAUUAGUUUCACUGAAAGCAGUAAAACUAUACUAAUUAUGUGCAGCAUAAAAUAAACUUGCGUUUUGAAGAAUGACAAGAAUCUACUUGCUUUUUGUCCGCUGUACKUUACUGUGAAACAAUUACCAAUAAUCAGUGCUUAUUAGUGUUAAUAUCCAUAUUUGAACUAAAAGAAAGCAAGUCUUUUUAAAGGUUUAGGGUCUGCUAGUGUCUAUUAUGUUAGUAACCAUUUUACAGUCCAGUGAAAGCCAGCCUAAUAGUCAGUUGCUCACAUUGUGAAUGUGGUUUUAUUUUGUGCAUGUAUUGCAAUCAUUCCCUCCGUUGGGAGUGAAACAUGGUGAAAUACAAAUAAAUAUAAUUUGCAACCGAA